GGCUUCACACACCUGUCUGACGAAUGAACACGUGACGGGUGAUCAGGUGAGCUGAUACCGUGCGAAAAUCGACACGAAGAAGGAAUUGUCAUUUUUGUUUUAUGUGGGUUUUCCCCCUUUCACUACUGGGACUGUUUUGAGAGAAAGAGCUGAGCAGUAUUGCAGUGCCUAUAGGCUAGUGCACGCAGCGAAUCGCAGAUAAACCUUUACGACGGCCUGUCCGGAAGUCACUCAAGGAGGUAGUCGUUUUUGCGACUGGUCUCUUCAAUGGGAGAGUGACAAUCUCGAAUAAGAGGGUACUACUAAGUGCAGCAAGCAAACUGAUAAGAGCAACCAUUGGCCUUCUUCCUUGUUUAACCGCGAGCAGACACCGCGAUGGCGUCAGUCGGUAACUCCGGGACCGCUUCGAGCCCGAUGGUUAUCCUGGCUCCUAAAACCAAGACGAAGAAGAAACACUUUGUCCAGCAGAAGGUGAAGGUGUUCCGAGCCAGCGAUCCAGUCUUGAGCGUCUUCAUGUGGGGUGUAAAUCAUUCGAUAAAUGAUCUGAGCCAGGUACCUGUUCCGGUCAUGCUGCUCCCUGACGACUUCAAAGCCAACACCAAGAUAAAAGUCAACAAUCAUCUCUUUAACAAAGAGAACCUGCCAGGACAUUUCAAGUUUAAGGAGUACUGUCCGCAAGUUUUCCGGAACCUCAGGGAGCGGUUUGGAAUCGAGGACCUGGAUUAUCAGGUCUCUCUCGCCCGCAGCCCCCCUAUCCGUGGUGGGGAGGGGCAGGGCGAGGGGCUUCUGCUGACGUCCUACGACCGCACGCUGGUGGUGAAGCAGAUCUCCAGCGAGGAUGUGGAGAACAUGCACAACAUCCUGUCCGAGUACCAUCAGCACAUAGUAAAGUGUCAUGGCAGUACGCUCCUGCCCCAGUUCCUUGCCAUGUACCGGGUGAGUGUGGAGAACGAGGACACUUACCUCCUGGUCAUGAGGAACAUGUUCAGCCACCGGCUCCUCGUUCACAGGAAGUACGACCUGAAGGGUUCCUUGGUGUCCCGGGAGGCAAGCGACAAAGAGAAGGUGAAGGAGCUGCCUACCUUUAAGGACGUGGACUUCAGGAACAAUAUGCAGAAGGUGUAUGUGACUGAGGAGCAGAAGGAGAAGGUUCUGGAAAAGUUGAACAGGGAUGUGGAGUUCCUGGUGAAGCUGAAGAUCAUGGACUACAGCCUGCUCCUGGGCAUCCACGACAUGGGUCGGGCUGAGCGGGAGGAGGAGGAGACGGAGGAGGCGUCCGUGGACGAGGAGGCGGAGCCUGAGAACGGCCUGGGCCCCGCCCCCCUGGUGGGCUCGUACGGGACAUCCCCCGAGGGCAUCGCCGGGUACCUCAACUCCUACAAGCCCCUCGGCCCGGGGGAGUUCGACCCCUACGUGGACGUGUACGCCCUCAGGAGCGCCCCCGGCGCGCCGCAGAGGGAGGUGUACUUCAUGGGCCUGAUAGACGUGCUGACGCACUACGACACGAAGAAGAAGGCCGCUCACGCCGCCAAGACCGUCAAACACGGGGCCGGCGCUGAAAUUUCGACGGUUCACCCAGAGCAGUACGCCAAAAGAUUCCGUGAGUUCAUCGCCAACAUGUUCGCCUGAUGACCUCGAUCUGCGUCUGCCCGUCUGGACCGAAGGCCAACUCCACCAAGACCCCGCCCCUUUCACAGAGACCCCACCCCUUUCACAGAGACCCCGCCCCUUUAAACAAGAGCCCGCCCGUCACACUGAGGCCCCGCCCCUCACACAAGACUCCUCCCCUCACGCCGACACUCUGCCCAAGCCCCUUCCUUCUGUUUCUGGUUUUCUUGUUCUCUCCAUCCUUAUUCUCUCCAUCCUCCUGCCUCUUUCUGCUGGGUUUUUUUUUCUGUUUUUAUUUUCUGGGAUGUACAUUUACUUUUCCAAAUUUAUCCUCGAAUGCAAAACAGGCAAAGGAUUUUAAAUUUUAUCUUCAGAGUUUGGUUGUUUGUAUUUAUGUAACGUAUUGCAGAUGGGUAUUUAUUUUGCCGAUGCUUCAUAACGGUAGUGAUGACACGGCACUAAGUUGAGUAACUUCAGUCUGGAAUGAACCAGGUCUAUAGAGGCAGGUGUUUUUUUCCACUGUGGCGGCUUAAAAGGCGUGUCUCCUCGGCCCAGACAGCCUGGAUGGACAAACAGACCGAAGACUAUGUGACACCGGGAAUCCCGAAACCUAUUACUGCUGAUGAGCCAAUUGCAAGGUUAUUGGGCCGUACCCCAAGUAUUGCCAUUUUGUUUCCUCUCUAAGGGAGUGAAUGGUUGCACCCACAGGCGUUUUUAGUCUACUGUCGUCAUCCUUUUCAUUAACUUCCAAGUGUUCUGACCGUGUGACAUCAUCAACAUGCGACUGGCGUGCUGCAGCGAUACAAGGACAAGAGCUUACGAUGCGCUUUUCGCAUUGUGCCUGCACCCGGCACUCAUUACAAUUGCACAACAGCAUCAUGGGAUAGGUAGGGAGAUUUCACUCCUACGCAGUUGUGCUUCUCACUUUGUGCUAUUUUUUUUGUUUUUUUAAGAUGGAUUCUUCACAAAUAUAAGCAAAUAGUUGGGCUAGUAGCAUUUAACUGAUAUUCUUCUUUAUUCUCCGCACCCGUGAACGCAGAAGAUCGGUCUCCGUUAUAGAAUUUAUCUGUCGAGUACCACGUUCCAAGUCCGUGAAGCGUGAUGAGACUGCUUGAUUAUUGCAUCACAUGCGACUAGUGGUAGACGAAGCACCCAAGGAUCAUGCCGUAUUGAGAUGAUCUGCACUGAGACGAGUGGCUAGAGGUAAUAUGCCUUAUAAUUGUGCUUUUUUUUUCUUUUCUUUUUUUUUUUGGCAAAUCUGUUUUCGGACCAAAUAUAUUUUACAAUGAUUUCUGAAA